GCGUGCGCGUGUCUGUGUUGAGGUCUUUUCGCGGGGCUGGUCUGGUCUGGUCUGGGAUAUAUGCAGACGGUAUUUAAAUUGGAUGUUCUUUCCGACAAGGGUUGAGUUGUUGUGUUACGUCUCUAUCACUUACUUUAUAUAUAUUGGCUUACUUCUAUUUCCCGACAGUUAUCCUCGUAGAGUAGAGGAAUAUUUACUUACAUAUCAGGAAAAGAAGACCAAGCAAGAUGUCUCUCGACACAGACAUCCUCAUCAUCGGAGCCGGUAUGUCUGGCAUUGGAUUCGCAAUCCAGCUCCAGAAACAAUUUCCGCGGGCGAAAUACGAGAUUAUUGAAAAGGCAGAGAAUCUCGGUGGGACGUGGUGGGUGAAUACGUAUCCGGGAUGUGGAUGUGAUGUUGCGUCUCAUUUCUACUCAUAUUCAUUCGAACUGAAUCCGAACUGGAGUCGGAAAUUCGCCCUUCAGCCUGAAAUCGUAACUUAUUUCCGCACCGUCGCUGAGAAGCAUGAUAUCCCGCGCCAUAUCAGAUUCCAGUCGACGGUGCAGAAAGCGGAAUUUGAACAACGGACGGGAACGUGGAUCGUGACAAUUCUUGGUCAGGAAACGGGUGAUGUUUAUCAGAAACGAGCAAGGGUGUUGGUCUCGGCUGUAGGAGCGUUGUCGGUGCCGAGGGAGUGUGAGAUAAAGGGAGCAGAGAGGUAUCAGGGAAAAAUGUUCCAUUCUGCAAAGUGGGAUCAUGAGUUUGAGUGGAUGGGGAAGGAGGUUGUUGUUAUUGGAAACGGCUGCAGCGCCACGCAAUUCGUUCCCAUCCUGACCGAUGGCCCUGACAAGGUCAAGAAACUCAUCCAAUUCAGUCGACAACCGCACUGGCUUGCAGAGCGGCCGAAUCCUAUCUACUCCCCCGCCUUCAAAUUCGCAAUGCGCUAUAUCCCCUUCGCGAUGCGACUCUACCGACUCUAUCUAUACUACCUUAUGGAAAGGGAUUUCUCCGGCUUCGACAUCAAAACAGGAGGCAAGAUCCGCGCCGAUCUUCAGAAGACACAAAUUGAAUAUCUCAAACGGACCGCUCCGGAAAAGUAUCAUGAUGCCCUGAUCCCGAAGACGGAGAUAGGGUGUAAGAGAAAGGUCAUGGAUACGGAUUAUCUGGCGUGUUUGCAUCGAGAGAAUAUGGAGCUUGUGUAUGCGGAUCCGAUUGAAGAGGUUACGGAAACGGGUGUGAAGACGAGGUCUGGAAGGGAGGUAUAUGCUGAUGCGAUUAUUUUGGCGAAUGGAUUCAAGACACAACAGGUUUUGCAUCCGUUGGAAAUUAAGGGCGAGGAUAGUGUUUCGUUGAAUGAGCAUUGGAACACCUUCUCCUCCGGCACCCCCCAAGCAUAUUACGGAACAUGCGUGUCUCAAUUCCCCAAUUUCUUCAUCAUGAUGGGUCCCAACACCUCAACGGGUCAUUUAUCCGUAAUAUACUCCACGGAAUGCCAAAUAAAUUUCACUCUUCGCGUCCUCAAACCGAUCCUGAACUCUCUUUACCCGUCGUUCUUGAAUACCUUCUUCACCACGCUCGGACUACGUUCUGCUGGUCCAGAUACCGUUACCGUCACACCAUCCGCUGAAGAGAAUGAUAAUAACUGGAUCCAGAAAGAAGCUAGGAAACUCGUCUGGGCGUCGGGCUGCACGAGUUGGUAUGUUGAUGCGCGAACGGGGAGGAAUACGAUGCUUUAUCCGGAUUGGCAGUUUAAGUAUUGGUUGAGGAGUAUUUUCGUGCCGUUGAGUAGGGAUUUUGUUUUUAAGAGGAGUGUUGUGAGGUUGCAGACGGAGGAGGAUGAUGAUGAUGAUGAGGGAAAUGUAUCUGAGAAGAAAGAGGGGAAGAAAAAGGCUGGGGAUUCGUCAGGCGCUUGUUCUGGCUUCUGCGUUGGGGUUGACUGUCUCGGUGGUUUUGUCUGCGAAUGUGGAGAGGGGAAGGCUAGAUGAGUAUAUUUCUGCACUUAGGAGGGCGGUUGGGGUAGUGGUUUGAAGGUGGUAUGGGUUUGCUUUCUUGGUCUCGGUAAUGUUGCAUGUGGUAGUUAUUUAUUCAAAGUUGUGGGAUCUAUAUCUUCAUGUGGUUGAUAUACACGUA